AGUGUCAACAAACUCCUAUCCUGAAGACACGCUCACCACAACUGAGAGAGUGGGGAAACAGUUUGAGACCUAGCAUCACUUAAACCUCCACAGGCAGAAAAGCCAGAAGAGAAAAAUGAAGGCAGGAUAUUUUGAAAUGGUCACCAUGCUGCUGGCACCUAUGAUUCUAAUGGACAUCUUCCAGGUAAAAGCUGAAAUGUUAGAUAUGGCAGAUAAUGCAUUUGAUGACGAAUACCUGAAAUGCACUGACAGGAUGGAAAUCAAAUAUGUUCCUCAACUGCUCAAGGAGGAAAAAGCAAGCUUCCGGCUCUUGGAAGAUGUCUGGGAAAAUGCAAAAGCCAAGUGGGAAGCUCGGAAGACUCAGUUUUUCCUCCCUGUGAGUUUUAAGGAUAACCAUGGAAUAGCCCUGAUGGCAUAUAUUUCUGAAGCUCAAGAGCAAACUUCCUUUUACCGUCUGUUCAGUGAAGCUGUGAAAAUGGCUGGCCAGUCUCGAAAAGAUUACAUCUAUGGCUUCCAGUUCAAAGCUUUUCAUUUUUACCUGACAAAAGCUCUGCAGUUGUUGAGAAGAUCUUGUGAGAACAGUUACAAAAACGUGGUGUAUAGUGUAAGGCAGACUACUUCAUUUACAUUUGGAGAACUAAACCAAGUCCGAUUUGGCCAUUUCACUUUGGCAUAUUCAGUCAAACCCCAAGCUGCUAAUGACCAAGACGUUCUGUUAACCAUCAACACGUGUUUUGGAAUUGCUGUUGAAAAAUUUUUUGAUAAAGAAAGUGAAAGAAUUAUUUUGAUACCUUUGAAUGAGGUUUUUCAUGUGUCACAGGAUGGGGCUGGCAAUAACCUUAUCCUUCAAAGCACCAACAAGACCUGCAGCCAUUAUGAGUGUGCGUUUCUAGGUGGACUAAAAACUGAAAAUUGUGUUGAGAACAUGGAAUAUUUUCAGCCCAUCUAUGUCUACAACCCUGGUGAGAAAAGCCAGAAGCUUGAAGACCCUGGAAUGAAAGGCCAGGAUUCCACUGUCUUACCUGAUAUGAAGAGCCAGGAAGCCACCCAAAUACCUGGAAUGAAAAUUCCAGAACCUUUUUCACUACCUGGAAUAAAAAUGUUACAACCGGAUGGAAAACCUGAAGACAAAAGUCAAGAUAUCGACAAUCCUACUCCAGCUCCAGCUCCAGCUCCAGGUCCCAAAACCCAUCCCUCUGCAUCUUCUGGCAAAAUGCUCCUUCCACCGUUUGGGACAUUCAUCAUUUUAAUCAGUGCUUCUGCUAUAAACCUUUGUUGA